AUGUCCAACGGCGUGCGCAAUCUACGCGCAAUGUUUGAGAACGGAAACGCCGCUGCCUCGCCUGAGCCCCGCGGCCGCUCCCCUACAGACAAUGCAGCUGCGACCGACGCUCAAGAGCGCCCCAAGUCAAAGGUGCGCGCUUCCUUUGUCUCCGUCGAGCCUACCGUCGCCCAUCCCCCGACCGCCUCGACCGACCUGGGCCAGACCAAGGGCACGCCCUCGAAUAGCGUCGCCGCGACCCGACGAGAGAGCUUCCGCGUGAGCCAGGACAAAACCGACGAGCUUGCUGAGCUCAAAAAAGCCGUCAGCGAGGAGAAAGAACAGCGCAGACAGAGCGUCGCCAUCCCGGAAGCUGUUCCAGAACAGGCUGUCGCAUCGCAAGAAUCCUCAUUACCAGCUCCGCCUAUACACGCCGACUCGACCGCCGACAUGGUCAACCUGGGCGCCAUCAUGAAGGGCUCCGACUUUCCCGACUCUGCUUUCGCAGCCGCGAAGAAGGAGGCAGCCGUCGUCGUGCCAGCUCCUGAGAUUGACCAAAUUCCAGUCGACGAGACUCCAGCCGAGACUCCAGCCGAGACCAAAGAGAGUGUCGCUGAGGCCGCCCCAGUCCCCGAGCCCGAGCCCGAGUCCGCUCCCGCUCCCGCUCAGCCUGCAGAGAACCCAGACAAAGCUACUACAGGCGCGCAGGAGGAUGUUGCGCUGAAGCCUGCAGUCCCCACCGAGGAAGCUGUUGUAGAAGAGAGCAAGCCUGCGCUGGAGGAAGCUGCCGUCGACGAUGACGUUGUUGUUGCUGAGGAAAACGCCAUUGCGGAAGAAGCCGCUGUCGUCGAAGAAGCUGCCAUCGCAGAGGAGAUUGCUGGCGAAAAGGAAGCUGCCGCCGCGAACGAAGAGCUAUCCGCCCCUGCUCCAGCCACUGCCCAACCUGCUGAGAACCCAGACAAGCCUGUGACCGGAGUUCAGGAAGAGCUUGCCCUACGGCCAGCAGCGCCCACUGAGGAGACUGCGGUCUCCGAUGCGCCUACUACUCCUUCUGCGCCUACAGAGGUCGCAGCUUCGAGCGAUGAACCUGCUGCGGAAGCUGCUGUACCAGCUGAGAGCAAAGCAAAGGACAAUGGAUCUCCUGCGACUAAGAAGUCGGAGCUGAAGAAGCCUGCCGCAAUCUCUACCACCAAACCUACCAAGGCACCUGCCGCACCCGCCAAAAGCCCACUACCUAAAGCUGCACCGAAAACCCCUACCAAGGCCAAGACACCUGCCUCCAUUCCGAAGCCUAGCCCCGUAAAGACUACGAAGCCUGCAGCUGCGCCAAAGCCAGCAGCUCCUAAGGAGCCAGUCAAAGCGCCCACCGCCAAACCUCCUGUAACAAAAGCUCCAGCGGCCAAAGUUCCUACAGCAAAGACGAGCCGCACUUCUCUGCGACCAGCAGUAUCAUCCUCUUCAGCUACAGCGCCUACCGCUACUGCCGCAGCUAAAACCAAGCCUGCUGCUGCGCCUGGGGAGAACAAGAAGCCUGCAAUCCCCAAGCCAACCACCUCCGCCCCACGUAAAAGCACCUCACCAACUGGCUUCAAGAAGCCAACCCCGAAGUCGCCUACCCGUCCAGUCGGCCUGCCAUCUCGUCUGACCGCGCCCACCGCUGCCUCAGCUGCCAAACAUGGCGAGGAGCCCAAGGUCACACGCAAGCCGUCCACUACAACCCGUGCUGCACCACCAAAGACUGCGGCACCAAAAACCUCGCGAACGUCCCUCGCACCCAGCGCGCCCAAGCGACCUGAAUCACGUACCUCAACUGCAAGCGCUGCGCCUAAAGGGGGAUUCCUUGAGCGUAUGAUGCGACCAACAGCUGCCAGCUCCAGCAAGACACACGACAAGCCCCACGAGAAGGCUUCGUCUCCACCCCGUAAAGCUCCAGCAGCUUCCAAGCCUAGUACUCUACAAAAAGGAAAGAAGAAGGUAGAAGAGGUCGCGGCCAAGGCCAAGGAAGUCGUAACGAACGGACACUCUGAAGAGCACAAGACUGAGGAUGAGCCUGUAAAGGAAGCUGAGCAUUCUGAGCAGGCAUCUGAAGACGCCACCAUCAGUGAGACACCAGAAGAACCAGAGAAGGCCGCCACUCCAGUCCAAGAUGUGGAAUCGUCGGUCGCAGAGAUUCAGACACCAAACUUCCAGGAGGAGACCAUCCGGUAG